AUGCUCGAGAAGUCCUUGGUCGAGUCGGACCCAGAGAUUGCGGAGAUCAUGAAAAAAGAAAUCAAGCGCCAACGCGAGUCGAUCAUCCUCAUUGCCUCUGAGAAUGUCACAUCCCGCGCCGUCUUCGAUGCUCUUGGCUCCCCCAUGUCGAACAAGUACAGUGAAGGCUACCCGGGAGCCCGCUACUACGGUGGAAACCAACAUAUCGACUCUAUUGAGCUCACCUGUCAGUCCCGGGCUUUGAAGGCGUUCAACCUGGAUCCAGAGAAGUGGGGAGUCAACGUACAAUGCUUGAGUGGUUCUCCUGCGAACCUGCAGGUGUACCAGGCAUUGAUGAGACCCCACGAUCGGUUAAUGGGCUUGGACCUACCACACGGCGGGCAUUUGAGCCACGGGUAUCAGACACCGCAGAGGAAGAUUUCCGCCGUCUCAACCUACUUCGAAACCUUCCCCUACCGAGUAAACCUCGACACCGGCAUCAUCGACUACGACCGACUCGAAGAGAACGCCCUCAUGUACCGCCCUAAAUGCAUCGUCGCAGGCACAUCGGCCUACUGCCGGCUCAUCGAUUAUGCCCGCAUGCGACAGAUCGCAGACAAGGUCGGAGCAUACCUGAUUGUCGACAUGGCACACAUUUCCGGCCUCAUCGCCGCGGGUGUCAUUCCUUCUCCAUUCGAACACGCCGAUGUUGUCACCACUACCACCCACAAAUCUCUCCGUGGCCCAAGAGGAGCAAUGAUCUUUUUCCGCAAGGGCGUUCGCAGAACGGACGCCAAGACCGGCAAGCAAGUCAUCUACGACCUCGAAGGCCCCAUCAAUUUCUCCGUCUUCCCUGGCCACCAGGGUGGCCCGCAUAACCACACCAUCACUGCGUUGGCAGUCGCACUGAAGCAAGCUGCGUCGCCGGAGUUCAGGGCGUACCAGGAACAAGUGCUCAAGAACGCGAAAGCUCUCGAGUCCGAGUUCAAAGAGCUGGGAUACAAACUUGUCGCGGAUGGGACGGAUUCACACAUGGUGUUGCUCGACUUGCGUCCACAAGCUCUCGAUGGUGCUCGGCUCGAAGCUGUGCUCGAGCAGAUCAACAUCGCGUGCAACAAGAACAGCAUUCCCGGGGACAAGUCUGCCUUGACGCCAUACGGUAUCCGCAUUGGUGCCCCGGCUAUGACCUCUCGAGGCUUUGGAGAGGAGGACUUCAAGAGAGUGGCCCGAUAUAUCGACCAGAGCAUCAAGCUAUGCAAGAAGGUCCAGGGUGAGCUGCCCAAGGAGGCGAACAAGCUGAAGGACUUCAAGGAGAAGGUCGCCGGCGAAUCUGUUGAGGAGAUUCUGAAGCUAAGACAGGAGGUCGCGGAUUGGGCCUCGAGCUUCCCCUUGCCGGUGUAG